UUUACCAUCAUUCUGCAAUGUCGGUAAAACAGUAUCGUGCGUCCACAAAUAUAUAAUCUGAUAUAAUCGAUUAACAUUUAAUAUCUUGAAUGCAUGCUCAGAUUCACUUAAAUUAUGUAUGACGUAUGACAUUGUGUGGUUAUAUUAGUUUCUAUGAAAUUGUUUAAAAAUUUCACGUGAUAGAAAAUUUCGAUACAAUAGUGUCUCGGAGUUAUGCUAACGAAGAUUGAAGUCGUUGAAAUUGAAAACGAUUGUAGUUUAUCCGAUUUCUCGUAUUAUAUAAUUUCUAAUGAUUAAAGAAAUGAUAAACUUGAUUCAAUACCUCAGAUAUCUCAGCGCUUUCAGUAUUUUGAAGUUAGCAAAUCAGCUAGCAGGAAAUGAAGACCCUAAUUGUAUUCUGGAGCACCUGUUUAAAUGGAAAUCUUUUGAUAAUGGCUUUGAGGAAGCUAAGCAAACCGAAAAACCAAUAUUCUUAUUCGUUUAUAAAAUUGGAUGCCCGGCAUGUGAAGUAUUGAAAGAAAAGUUCUCGAAAUCUGUGCGCAUAAUGGAUCUCAGCGAUCGAUUUGUAAUGAUAAAAGUAGACGCGAGAAAACACCCAUCUAUAAAUUCGGGAAAGUUUCAGCCAGAUGGAAAAUACGUUCCCAGAAUUUUGUUCUUCACCUCGGACGGCGAGUUUAUCAUGGAAGCGUUCAAUAGAAGCAAGAAUGCUAAAGAGCAGAAAUUUUUUUACAGCAGUCCCUCUGAUGUUACAGAAACUAUGUUGUUCGUUUUGAAUGAAUAUUCUAAAGAACCCAAGCCACUAAUAUUUGAAUGGACAAAAUCGAAUUUAAAGUACUGACCGCGAAAGAGAAGUGAAGACACUCUCUUUUCAAUUAAAUUUUGCUAUACGUUUCUUGCUAUAGUUCUCGCGUAUCUUUAAUCGAGUCAAUAUUCUAUUUCGACAUGAAAUCAUCGAAGGAGCUACGAAUAAUUUUAUUCGAAAGGACCAAUUUAGUUUACGAAAAUAAUUUGUUUACGUCACAGCGAUUCUUCCUAAGCUUCCUUCUGAUCGAAAUAAAGAACAAUUUAAUUUUGCAGUAAA